AUGGCCACGGAAGAGACAUUCUCUUCGCCGUUCCUCAAGCAGCUCGACCCCGCAACACCGCACGUCUUUGAAAAGCCCUCCAAACGAAUCAAUGACCACCAGGAUGUUUCUACUUUUAUCAGCUCGCUCGCGUACAGGGAUAUCACAACCUUUAUCCUUCAGCUUAACAGGUCUGUGGUUCCGGCCAAACUUGUAGAGAAUGGGACACAAAGGAUACAAGUCUGGUCUCUAGGCACAGAUGCAGUCAAAUUCUCGGAACCGGUGAGGCGAUUGCAGGUUCUAUUGUCCAAGCUAGAAUCCAUCAUCGACGAAGUACCCCCAGAUCCGGGGCCACGGAGAUUUGGAAAUAUCAGUUUUCGAAAAUGGUGCCAGGAAAUGGAAUCAAGAGCAGAGGCUAUGAUGGACGAGUGCCUUCCAGCUGAAAUUCUACAACAAGGAGUUCAAGCCCCGGAGACGGUGACUGCUAAAACGGAAUUGAUGGCAUACUUCACUGGGGGGUUUGGGAGCUCCCAACGGCUCGAUUACGGCACAGGACAUGAAUUGAGCUUUUUGGCGUUCCUUGGCUGCCUUUGGAAACUGGGUGCCUUUGCAAAAGACGACCCUGGGGUGGAGGAAAGGGGAAUCGUCCUUGGUGUUAUCGAGCCAUAUCUCAAGCUCAUCCGCCGCCUGAUAACCACCUACACUCUUGAACCCGCUGGGUCCCAUGGAGUAUGGGGCCUGGACGACCAUUCAUUCGUUCCCUAUAUUCUUGGGUCCGCUCAAUUAGCUCCAGCAUGCAUACCAUCAGACAGAACACCAACUGAGGGAUCUCUCUCGGGUGCUCCCGAGCCAAGUGAGGUGGCCAAAGUCAACGUGGUUGAGCGGGAACGAAAAACCAAUAUGUACUUUUCCGCCGUUGGAUUCAUUCACGAUGUAAAAAGGGGCCCUUUUUGGGAGCACAGUCCUAUGCUCUAUGAUAUCUCAGGCAUUAGAGAUGGUUGGGGUAAAAUCAAUAAAGGUAUGAUUAAAAUGUACAACGCCGAAGUUCUCUCCAAAUUUCCCGUCGUCCAACACUUCCCUUUUGGAUCUUUAUUCCGCUGGGAGCGAGAUCCCAACGCAGCCCCGUCGUCUACGUCUAUUCAUUCUAGCCGUCUUCAACCGGCAGAUACAAUGGCUCCGCCCGCUGUCUCCCAGAGACCCAUGGCAGACGCUGGAACCAGGGCUCCUUGGGCGUCUGGACCAACUAAUCUGCAUCAAGCAGCGUACCCUUCUACUGCACCUUCAAGAGCCGGUUACGGCGGCUUGCGUGACCCUGGAGUCCCCGCAUAUAUCCCUAUGGGUGAUCAGGCUGCGCGAAAUGAGCCAAUUAAUCUCCCUCCAUCGGGUCGUGCGCCCUGGGCAAAGAGCACGCCGGGGAAUUCAGGAGCUGAUCCGGACCUGAUGACUACUAAAGCUCCGUGGGCAAAGAAAUGA